AUGGCAGGUACAGCAGCGGGCUCCCGCUCCUCCCGGGGCUGCGGCCCUGCCGGCGAGCCCAGCGCCCGAGAGCUCAGCCCAGCGCCCUUUUUCCUCACAGAGAGAUUCCCCAGACGGCUGCCGCCGGUGCCGCAGAUGCCCAACUCCCCCUUCGUUGUCCCAGCUGAGCCGCCAACGGUGGCUGCCUGGCUGCUGCCCUCCUUCCCCGCAGCGAUGGCGGUGCCCUUGCAGCCCCCCCAGGUACCCACCCUCCCCUACGCGCUGCCCCAGGCCACCGUCUGGCACGUGGUGCCGGGGGUCCAGGGGCAGGUGCUGCAGCUCCCAGCCGUGGUGCAGCUGCCGCCUGGGGGGCACCUCCCACCCGAGGGGCACCACCUGCAGCUGGUGCAGCUCCCCGCCGUGGGGCAUAACCUGCAGCUGGUGCAGCUCCCCCACACCGCUCCUCCCUGUGCCCCUGUCUGCCAGUGGGGACAGCCCACGGUGACGGGGACACUGGUGCCCCACCAUGCGCUGGGGCUGGGGCCCAGGGCCGUGCUCCACGGGGAGCCCCUGCACCCCGCAGGCACCUGCCUGUUGCAGGCCCCCGCCCACCCCGGCCCCCCGCCACCCCUCGUCCCGGGGCCUCGGCUCCGGGGGCAGGCGCUCCCCACGCCCCGCACCGUGACCAGCAGCCAGGGGCAGCUGCCGGAGCCCUGCGACCGCGCCGUGGGGCUCAGCAAGGACCAGGGGCCCCCGCUGCCUCACCCCACUCCCCCCGAGCCUUUCCUGGCUCCAUCAACCUGCAGCACCCAGACGGCGACGCCCCAUGCGGCGACAGCCCCGGAGGUGCCUGAGGAGCCCCCGCAGCUGCCCGAGCUGGGCCCUGAUGCCUUCGCCGAGGCCUUUCCAGAGCUGGCAGGGGACAGCCAGCAGCUGCAGCACGCGCAGGACCAGCUCCUGGCCGACCUGGACAUCCCCGGCAUGGAGGAGCUGCUCAGCUGGCUCGAGGCCCUGCCCGACCUCUCCGAGGACAUCGAGGAGCCGAGCACGCAGGGACUGGAAGCCACAGGAGCCCUCGGUGAGGUACCCUCAACCCCUGGGGUGUACCCCGAGAAGGUUGGGGGCGGGCUGUCGGUGCAGUCCCCUGUUGUGCCGGCAGCGAGCCCCCCCCUCAGCUCUGCAGCCCGUCCCCUGCCCAGUGCCCGUAGUAGACCCCUACCCAAUCCACCCCUGAGUCCCCCCAAGAGGUCCCCUGACACCCAAGUCCUCAGUUCCCUUAGUAGACCCCUGCCCAAACCCCCCCAGAGUUCCCUCAAGAACCACCCCAACUCCAAGGUCCUCAGUGACCAGAGGAGACCCCUGCCCAAAUGCCCCCUGGGUCCCCUCAAGAGCCCCCUGGCUGCCCCUGCGUCCACCGGCACCAAGCGGGGGGCCAAGCGCCCCGCGCCCACCAGCACCCCCGGGACAGCGGAGAGCUCCCAGCACAAGAGGCCAGCAACAGAGAAACCCCCCGGCAAGGAGAGGAAGAUGCUGCUGGGCCAGGGUGUCGAAGGCCCCAAGACGCCUUGCCAGGGACGCCGUGCCAGGGACGCCGGCAUGUCCAAGGCCCCAGGACGCCGUGGCAGCAGCAGGCAAGAGGGCAGCGGCAGGCAGCAGCCAGCGACCGACAACUCCCGGGCGCGCAGCAAGAGAGCCCGAAGCCCGGGGGCUGCUGGGGGGCAAGGAGCAGCGUCGCCGCCUCCCCGCAGAGCACGGCUGCUGCCGGAGACUCCGAGCGGGGAGCCCCGUGCCGUGCGGCCCCAGGACAGGCUCUGUCCCCAAGCCGUCAGGGCCAAGAUGCUGCAGCGCCAGCACCUGGGGACAAAGACCCCCAGCGAGACUUUGCAGCCGCUGGGGGCCAGGGCGAAGGCGCUGGGGCCAGUGCGCCAGCUGCCCUGUGCGCAGCCGCAGCCCACCUCCGGCGGCCCCAGCAGCAUGCCCAGGGCCCCGCCGACAGUGCCAGGCUCCAGCGCUGCGCCCGCUGCCCCCCAGUCCCCAGCUGGCGGCAAAGAAAAGGUGGUGCCGGCACCACCAGGCAGCACGGCGUCAACAGGGGACGCUGCCCUAGAGCAGGCGCCCAGAGCGCCGUGCCUGCCGGCCGCGGGGGGCCAAGCGCAGCGGGGGGCUCUGCCCACACAGCCACGCACGCUGCAGCCCCCGGCACGGCCCCGCGUGGACUACGUGCCCUGCGUGGGGCCCUGGGCGCGCAGCCACGCGGCGCCCACGCCGCUGGAGGAGCAGGAGGCGUCGGUGCCCAUCACGCCGCAGCAGCGUCCUGAGCGGGAGCGCCUGAAGAAGCUGGCCCAGGAGGAGCGGCAGCGGGCGGCCCAGCAGACGAAGAUCGGCCCUGUGCAAUUCUUCGCGCAGCGGCAGAAAGACAGGGCCAUAGCCAAGUAUUACGGCUACCCGUGA